AUGGCUUUUAUUGAGAAAGAAUGGAAUGGAAUUAAAGUUGGUGAUAUUGUUCGUGUUGAAGGUGGAGAUUUUUUGCCUGCUGAUUUGGUGCUAUUGAGUAGCUCAGAACCAGAAGGUUUAUGUUACAUUGAAACAAGUAAUUUGGAUGGUGAAACAAAUCUAAAAAUUAAGCAGGCAACAACUGAAACUGCAAUUCUUGUUACACCGCAACAAAUAAGUCAAUUAAAUGGUUACAUUAAAUCUGAAAGUCCAAAUAACAGUUUAUAUACAUAUGAUGGUAUAUUAAUCAUGAACGGACCAAAUGGAAGUAAACAAGGUGCACAAUUAAAAAACACGCCUUGGAUUUAUGGUGUUGUUAUUUUUACUGGCCAUGAAACUAAAUUGAUGAGAAAUGCUAGUGCUACCCCAAUUAAAAGAACCAGUGUUGAAAAAAUGGUUAACAUUCAAAUUAUCUUUUUAUUUGGAAUUUUAUUAACAAUGAGUUUAGCAUGUUCAAUAGGAAGUGCUGCAAGGACAGUAAUUGUAAAAUUUCAACAAGCGGCCUUAAUUAAUUCUGAUUUAGAUAUGUACUAUGAAAAGACAGACACACCUGCUUUAUGUAGAACUAGUAGUUUGGUAGAAGAAUUGGGCCAG